CUUUUGCGGCCCUUUUUCCUCUUUGCGCUGGGCGCUUACCGGUUGCGCGCCUCUUUUUCUUGACUGCCUCCCAGUUCUAGAUUAGCCGUCGCCAUGGGUUUUGGAGACUUGAAAAGCCCCUCUGGCCUCCAGGUGCUCAACGACUACUUGGCGGACAAGAGUUACAUAGAGGGGUAUGUGCCAUCACAAGCAGAUGUGGCAGUAUUUGAAGCCGUCUCCGGCCCACCACCUGCCGACUUGUGUCAUGCCCUCCGUUGGUAUAAUCACAUCAAAUCUUAUGAGAAGGAAAAGGCCAGCCUGCCAGGAGUGAAGAAAGCUUUGGGCAAGUAUGGCCCUGCUAAUGUGGAAGACACCACAGAAAGUGGAGCUACAGAUAGUAAAGAUGAUGAUGACAUUGAUCUCUUUGGAUCUGAUGAUGAGGAGGAAAGUGAAGAAGCCAAGAGGCUAAGAGAAGAACGCCUUGCCCAGUAUGAGUCAAAGAAAGCCAAAAAACCAGCACUUGUCGCCAAGUCUUCCAUCUUAUUAGACGUGAAACCUUGGGAUGAUGAGACCGAUAUGGCAAAACUAGAGGAGUGUGUCAGAAGCAUUCAAGCAGACGGCUUGGUCUGGGGCUCUUCUAAACUAGUUCCAGUUGGGUAUGGCAUUAAAAAACUUCAAAUACAGUGUGUAGUUGAAGACGACAAAGUUGGGACAGACAUGCUGGAGGAGCAGAUCACUGCUUUCGAUGAGUAUGUACAGUCUAUGGAUGUGGCUGCGUUCAACAAGAUCUAACAUCUAUCAUGGAUCAGUGCCCUUAAAUAAAAGUUUGAAAGAC